AUGCCAGAAGAAGUCCAUCAUGGCGAGGAGGAGGUGGAGACUUUUGCUUUCCAGGCUGAGAUUGCUCAGCUUAUGUCCUUAAUCAUCAACACCUUCUACUCCAACAAAGAAAUCUUCCUGCGAGAGCUGAUCUCCAAUGCCUCUGAUGCCCUGGAUAAGAUCCGCUAUGAGAGCCUUACAGACCCCUCCAAGCUGGACAACGGAAAGGAGCUCAAAAUCGACAUCAUCCCCAACCGUCAUGAGCGUACCCUGACCUUGGUGGAUACUGGCAUUGGUAUGACAAAGGCCGACCUCAUCAACAACCUGGGAACCAUCGCCAAGUCUGGCACCAAGGCCUUUAUGGAGGCCCUGCAGGCUGGAGCAGACAUCUCCAUGAUUGGCCAGUUCGGUGUUGGUUUCUACUCUGCAUACCUGGUGGCCGAGAAGGUUGUGGUGAUCACCAAACACAAUGACGAUGAGCAGUACGCCUGGGAAUCCUCUGCCGGUGGAUCCUUCACUGUUAAGACCGACCACGGUGAACCUAUUGGCCGCGGCACUAAAAGUCAUUCUGCACCUGAAGGAGGACCAGACAGAGUACCUGGAGGAGAAGAGGGUAAAGGAGGUGGUGAAGAAACACUCUCAGUUCAUCGGCUAUCCCAUCACACUCUAUCUGGAGAAGGAAAGGGACAAGGAGAUUAGCGAUGAUGAGGCUGAGGAGGAGAAGGAAGAGGAGAAAAAAGAUGAGGAUGUGGGCUCUGAUGAGGAAGAGGAGGCAAAGGACAAAAAGAAAAAGACAAAGAAGAUCAAAGAGAAAUACAUCGACCAGGAGGAACUGAACAAGACCAAACCAAUCUGGACUCGCAAUCCCGAUGACAUCAGCCAGGAAGAGUAUGGAGAAUUCUACAAGAGUCUGACCAACGACUGGGAGGACCAUCUGGCUGUAAAGCACUUCUCUGUGGAGGGUCAGUUGGAAUUCCGCGCUCUUCUCUUCAUCCCUCGCCGCGCUCCCUUUGACCUGUUUGAGAACAAGAAGAAAAAGAACAACAUCAAGCUGUAUGUGCGCCGAGUGUUCAUCAUGGACAGCUGUGACGAGCUGAUCCCAGAGUACCUGAACUUCAUCCGUGGUGUGGUGGACUCCGAGGACCUUCCUCUGAACAUCUCCCGAGAGAUGCUGCAACAGAGUAAAAUCCUGAAGGUCAUCCGUAAAAACAUCGUGAAGAAAUGUCUGGAGCUCUUCUCUGAGCUGGCAGAGGACAAGGAGAACUACAAGAAGUUCUAUGAGGCUUUCUCCAAGAACCUGAAGCUGGGAAUCCAUGAAGAUUCUACAAACCGGAAAAAGCUGUCUGAACUCCUGAGGUAUCACACCUCUCAGACCGGAGAUGAAAUGGCUUCCCUUUCUGAAUACGUCUCUCGUAUGAAGGAGAAUCAGAAGAGCAUCUACUACAUCACUGGGGAGAGCAAGGAACAAGUGGCCAACUCUGCCUUCGUGGAGCGGGUGAGGAAACGCGGCUUUGAGGUGGUGUACAUGACCGAACCAAUCGACGAGUACUGUGUCCAGCAGCUAAAGGAGUUUGAUGGAAAGACCCUGGUGUCUGUAACCAAGGAGGGCCUGGAGCUUCCUGAAGACGAGGAGGAGAAGAAAAAGAUGGAGGAGAACAAGACCAAGUUUGAGGGUCUGUGCAAACUGAUGAAAGAAAUCUUGGACAAAAAAGUAGAAAAGGUAACGGUUUCCAACCGCCUGGUGUCCUCUCCUUGCUGCAUCGUCACCAGUACAUACGGCUGGACAGCUAACAUGGAACGUAUCAUGAAGGCCCAGGCUCUACGGGAUAACUCCACCAUGGGCUACAUGAUGGCCAAGAAACACCUGGAGAUCAACCCCGAACACCCCAUCGUGGAGACCCUCAGACAGAAAGCAGAGGCUGACAAAAAUGACAAGGCGGUGAAGGAUCUGGUGGUGCUGCUUUUCGAGACGGCUCUUCUUUCAUCUGGCUUCUCCCUGGAUGACCCCCAGACACAUUCCAACAGAAUCUACAGAAUGAUCAAACUGGGCCUGGGUAUUGAUGAGGAUGAACCCGCAAUUGAGGAAACUACUGCAGCUGUACCAGAUGAUAUCCCCCCUGGAGGGCGAGGAAGACGCAUCUCGCAUGGAGGAAGUGGAUUAAUAUGCUCAUUCCCCCCCUCUUUACCCUCCCCCAACCCCCUCUAUCUGUUUGCUGUUCCCAGGGAGCUUGCUACUCAGACUCUGGACUGA